AAAUAUUCUAGAUCGAGAUGAAAGACGUAAGGAAUAUUGGGAGUACGGAAAUAGGGGAAAAGUCCGAAUGUUUUACUUUUACCCAAUACUUGAAAAUUAUUUUUCCCAUUUUCGGGUGUUUGGUAAAUUAAAAAAAAGAGGAUCAAGUAUUGAGUCAAAAGAAAAUUAUUUUAAUCUGAAAGUCAUUUUGGACUGCGUUUCUUCUCUUGAUCUUCCCCGCUCGCACCUCCGCCUGCAUCGGCUCUCCAACCCACAUCGCCGCCCUUCUCCGAAAAAGGUUGUUGAAUUUUACUCUCCAACCCACCCACCCACCAUUUCCAUUGAAGAAAAAGGCACACUCAAGCUCUGCGGCGAAGGCGCAGAGACAUGGCGCAAGCUAGCACCGCCAUGAUUCAGAGUUUGCGUUUCAACACCAAGAAUCUCUCUGCACCCCAAACCCUUCUCCCUUCACCUUCUCUUCUCCCUGGAUCAAACGGGUGGUGCAAUUCAGCGGUCUCUGUUAAAUUCUUGGAGAGGACCAAUAAUAAAGGUUCAAUUUUUACUGCUACCCGGUCGCCGUUGCUGGUUCGGGCAUCUGCGGCAACCGCCGAGAAGCUGUCCAAAGCUCCCGAGGAGAUUGUGCUUCAACCCAUCACAGAGAUUUCCGGCACCGUCAAGCUGCCCGGCUCCAAAUCUCUCUCUAAUCGCAUUCUCCUCCUUGCCGCCCUUUCUCAGGGAACGACUGUGGUGGAAAAUUUACUGAACAGUGAUGAUGUUCGUUAUAUGCUUGGUGCUUUGAGAACACUUGGCCUUAGGGUUGAAGAAGAUGGUUCAAUCCAGCAAGCAACCGUAGAAGGUUCAGGCGGUCUCUUCCCUGUCAGUAAUGAAACGAAGGAUGAAAUCCAACUCUUCCUGGGGAAUGCAGGAACAGCAAUGAGACCAUUGACUGCUGCAGUUGUUGCUGCCGGUGGAAAUGCAAGGUACGUACUCGAUGGAGUUCCUAGGAUGAGAGAGAGACCAAUUGGGGAUCUUGUCCUUGGCCUGAAGCAACUUGGAGCAGAUGUUGAUUGUUUUCUUGGCACAAACUGUCCCCCGGUUCGAGUCAAUGGAAAGGGUGGCCUUCCAGGAGGGAAGGUGAAGCUCUCAGGAUCAGUCAGCAGCCAAUACUUGACUGCUUUACUCAUGGCUGCUCCCCCCGCUUUAGGCGACGUGGAAAUUGAAAUAAUCGAUAAACUGAUCUCCGUCCCUUAUGUUGAAAUGACUAUAAAGUUGAUGGAACGUUUCGGGGUCAGCGUAGAGCACAGUGAUAGCUGGGACCGGUUCUUGAUCCGUGGAGGCCAGAAAUACAUAUCUCCCGGAAAAGCAUACGUGGAAGGUGAUGCUUCAAGUGCUAGUUAUUUUUUAGCUGGUGCUGCUGUUACUGGGGGUACCAUCACAGUUGAAGGCUGUGGAACAAGCAGCCUGCAGGGGGAUGUUAAGUUUGCUGAGGUUCUUGGAAAAAUGGGCGCCGAAGUUUCAUGGAGAGAGAACAGUGUCACAGUGAAAGGGCCGCCACGUCAGCUUUCGGCGAGGAAACACUUACGUGGCAUUGAUGUGAACAUGAAUAAAAUGCCCGAUGUCGCUAUGACCCUUGCCGUAGUUGCACUAUUUGCUGAUGGCCCCACCACGAUUAGAGACGUUGCUAGCUGGAGAGUUAAGGAAACCGAGCGGAUGAUUGCUAUAUGCACUGAACUUAGAAAGUUGGGAGCCAAGGUGGAAGAAGGUCCAGAUUACUGUGUGAUAACCCCACCAGAGAAACUGAACGCGACAGAAAUUGACACUUACGACGACCACAGAAUGGCAAUGGCAUUCUCUCUGGCUGCUUGCGCGGACGUGGCCGUGACCAUUAAGGAUCCUGGAUGCACUCGCAAGACCUUCCCAGAUUACUUUGAUGUUCUUGAAAAGUUCUCCAAGCAUUGAAAGUUUUGGUUGAAGAAUCUUGAGACAGCUAUAUAUUGUUCAUUACCCUGCCUGCCAUGCAUGAUGCUUUGGUUUCUGCCUCAGCUGUGGAUGAUGUUUUACAAACAUAUCAGGCAUCAAAGGUAUGUGUUUUUGUGUUCCAAAAACCGUGGAGAAGAACAACUGGAAGGCCCUUUUUUUGGAAUUUCAAGAUUCCAUUUGUACUAUAGUCAUUUGCUUGUAAGUUUGAUGUCUUCUUCUUCUGUUUUAAAAUUUAAUAAACUUGAUCUUAAUGUGAUUGCUGCAUAGCCAUUUUUUUUCUUAUCACGGUUUGACUUUAUAGUUAAAUUUAUCAAAUUUAAUUAAUCGUUUGUUAUUUA